AUGCCUACAACGGACGUAUUCAAGAAAGACCUACUAAUUGGAAAGAUUGCAUUCGUCACUGGGGGGGGAAGCGGCAUAUGCAAAGGCAUGACCGAAGCUUUACUAAGGCACGGCGCAAAGGCUUUUAUUAUCGGUAGAAGUCAAGAUAGGCUUGAUAAAGCUGCUGAAGAAUUAAAGACCAAAACAGGUGGCCAGAUUGCAGGGACUGCAGCUGACGUUCGUGACCCCGAACAGGUCGAAAAAGCUGUGGGAAAAGCCAUUGAGCUGUUUGGCAAGAUUGACAUACUUGUCAAUGGAGCUGCUGGCAAUUUCCUCGCCUCUUUCGAGAAUCUGUCUUAUCGCGCGUUUCGCACGGUUAUCGAGAUUGAUCUCCUUGGCACUUUCAAUGUCACAAAGGCAUGCUUUCCACAUCUAAAGAAAAGUAGAGGAUGCGUCAUAAAUGUUUCGGCCACACAUCAUUAUUCAGACUCUAUUUCUAAACCAAUGCUUAUCUUUUUGUUAUCGUUUGAUCAAAUUAGAAGCAGGAGCCUUGCCGUUGAAUUGGGGCCACUUGGAAUUCGAGUGAAUGUCAUUGCUCCCGGACCCAUUGCUGAUACUGAAGGUAUGCAUAGGCUUCUGCCAGCUGCUGACACUGAGCGGCUUAUUCAAGGGUCGCCUCUGCAAACACUUGGAAAGAUCCAAGAUAUCGAAUACGCUACUGUAUUCCUAACAUCAGAUGCUGCCAGAAACAUCUCAGGACAUAUACUUGUUGUUGAUGGGGCCUCCUGGUUGCGACAACCCGAUCUAUUGCCAUAUCCUGAAUGUGUUUUAGAGCCUAAGAAAUUUGUUGGUAAUAAGUUAAAUGUGAAAUUGUAA